AUGGCAGAAGGUUCCCAGAUCCAGAUCACUCAAAUCGACGUGGACCUAGACGUGCAAGAGAUUCUACUCGCAUCGUCGCAACAUGACAUCCCCAAGCUCCGCCGUCUGGUGCGCACCCAAUCAGUCCUCCCUGACGCAGCAAACGUCAAAGAUCCAGAGACAGGCUACACGCCUCUCCACGCCGCUAUCGCAGCCUGCGAACCGGAUUCAGAAGACGAAGCCAAUGGCGUGAACGGCGCAGAGACUAACGGAGCGAAGGACGACACCAGCUCUGUUGAUCCUGAACUAACGAAGUCUGGAGUCGAGACUGUUCGAUUCUUGCUGCAGGAGGGCGCUAUCUGGAAUGAUCUUGAUAACAGCAACGAGACACCCGGCUGUCUGGCACGACGCAUUAAAGCGUUGGAGCUUUACGAGCUUAUUGUCGAUGCUGGUGUUCGGGCUGAAAUGCUUUUGAGUCGGCUGGACGGGUACGAAGAGCUAUCUGACGACGAUGACGAGGAAGAGGACACAGAGGAGAAAGACGAUGUCGAUGAGGUCGCGCCUGAACUUGUCGAUGCCUCUGCAGACCAAAAACCCGAAUCCGAACCCGCUUCUACAGAAACGGAUACGCCUGACAACCCGGGUGUGUCGAACAGGGGGUACCUCGAUUCCUCGCUCAACAUCUCAAACGAUCGUAUCUUGGACUCAGACCAGAAUGGCGUCAUGAUGCGCUGGGAGAGCGAUAUCAUGCGCAAAUCCGCACAAGCGCUGCUCCCUCGUCCUGGGCUCAAGGUUCUGAAUGUUGGGCAUGGAAUGGGCAUUGUUGAUGGAUUCUUGCAGGAGCAGAGUCCUGCAGCGCAUCAUAUCAUCGAGGCGCAUCCGGAUGUUGUUGCGGAGAUGAAGCGUCGUGGAUGGGAUACUAAGCCUGGUGUUGUCAUUCAUGAGGGGCGAUGGCAGGAUAUCUUGCCUGGCCUUGUCGGUGCUGGAGAAACGUUUGAUGCUAUCUACUAUGAUACAUUCGCAGAGUCGUAUUCUGAUUUCCGGGAUUUCUUUUCCGAGGAGGUUAUUGGGUUGUUAGAGCAGACUGGCAAAUGGGGCUUCUUUAAUGGAAUGGGGGCUGAUCGGCAGAUUUCGUAUGAUGUUUAUCAGAAAGUUGCUGAGAUGGAUCUGUUUGAGGCUGGAUUUGACGUUGAUUGGGAGGAUAUCCCUGUCCCCAAGUUGGAGGGCGAGUGGGAAGGCGUGCGACGGGCUUACUGGGUAGUGGAUAACUAUCGGUUGCCACUCUGCCGUUUUAUGGAUUAG